GAGAGCCGAGGACAAAACUUGCUCCAGUGCUGACGCCCUCCCGUGGACCUAGGUUUUUCAGCUCACUUGCUCUGCUCCGCGAGGUGGGGUGGACAAGAGAUGUCCCCCAGAGGCAGUUUGCCGGCGUCAGCGGUUGUCAGCACGUGCUUUCGGACCUGUCUGGGACCCAGGGGCAGGCUGGCCAGAUGCGAUGCAGAGCGCCAGGGCCCAGCCACCGGGCCUGGGUGCCUCGCGGCUGGGAUUGUCUCCACAGUAUGUGGCAAGACCAGUUUCCAAGGGAAGAUCUUUGGCGGUCAGAUGGCAAAACCUGGGCGGUGGCCAUGGCAGGCCAGUCUGCGCUUACAUGGCAGGCAUAUCUGUGGAGCAGUCCUCAUCGACAAAAACUGGGUAGCCGGCGCUGCCCACUGCUUCCAAAGGUCUCACAACCCAAGAGACUACAACAUCAGGCUAGGGUACACCAAGCUGAGCAGUCCCACCACGUACAGCAGGGAGUUGUCAGUGUACAAGCUCAUCGUUCACAAAGACUACGACAAAUUCUACCGCCAGGGAAGCGACAUCGUCCUGAUGCAGCUGGAAUCGCCGGUGGAGUUCAGUUCCCACAUCCUCCCAGCUUGUGUCCCAGACAAAAACACAACAAUCCCCAGUCACAAGGCCUGCUGGGCAAGCGGCUGGGGGCAUCUCAGAGAGGAUGUGCGCCAGCCUUUACCUGACGACCUCCAUGAAGUACAGCUUAUCCUCAUGGACAACGAACAGUGUAAAUCGUUUUUCCCAGCACCAUCCCCUGGCUCCACCAGAAGCUACUACAUAUAUGACGAUAUGGUGUGUGCGGCUGACUAUGGUAUGACAAAGUCCAUCUGUGCAGGAGAUUCCGGGGGCCCCCUCGUCUGUUUACUGGAUGGCUCCUGGUACUUGGUGGGGCUGACCAGCUGGAGCGCAUCAUGUGAGACCCCGAUCGCCAGCCCCAGUGUCUUCGCCAGGGUCUCCUACUUUGACAACUGGAUUAAAGAACACAAGAAAGCAUCGCCAGAUCCAGGGCCACAGGGGCCCUACAGGCCCCCUCCGCAUCAAAGACCCCCUCCCUACAGGCCAAGACCCCCUGGGGAUGGGACUCCCUGGAACAGUGACAAAGACCAAGGCACUAUCAUCUGCAUGGCCCUGCUGUCUUCUCAGGUCCUCCUCCUCCUCCAGCUGGUUUAGUUCAGGAACAUGUCAUGGACCCACAGGGCCUUCGACAACCAGCAUUUCUGAGAGCUCCUCACUGUGUGUUGUUUUUCAUGCCUCCAUCUGGGGCUCCCCUGUCCAACUGAGGCCACACUUGCCCUAAGUCAGACAAAAUACAAAAAGGAAAAUAAACAAAAAGAAAAAACUAAA